GCCUUCAUUUCUAAGAGGGUUUCAGGGGAACUGGCCUUCACCGCAAACGGCCUUAUCAUUAAAUCUGUAUGGAGCAAGUUAACUGAGUGUACCCGCUCUUUUCCCUGUCCAAAAAAGAGUUGAAAGAAACCCUAAUUUCCCUUUUAAAUUAAACUCAAAAUCCAAUGCUUUCUGCUUCCCCUCCGCUUCCACCGCCCAGCGUCUAUGGCGGUGAACCUCCUUUCGUUGAUGCAGCCACAUUCGUCACUGCGGCAAACAUCUGCGCCGCCAAAAGAGACAUUUUUAUGGCCGCUUCUCUUCACGCCGCCACUAUCAAAUCCGGUCUCCUCCACUCCAACCUCUUCGUUGCCAAUGCCUUACUCGACGCCUACGCGAAAUGCGACCAAAUGGGUUUCGCGGGUAAGCUGUUUGAUAAAAUGCCUGAUAAGGAUAUUGUAUCCUGGACGUCCCUGAUCUCUGGUCACUGCCGCAACGGCUCAGCCGUAGCUGCUCUGUCUGUUUUCUUUGAUUUGAUUUCGGACGAAUCAGCACCCGCUCCAAAUGAAUUCACCAUUGCUAGCAUUUCAAAUGCCUGUGUCUUGCUAGAGGAUGAUAGGAUGGGGAAGGCCGUGCAUGGCUAUUGUUUAAGAAGAAGGUUUUUUGAGUGCGUUUUUGUUAGCAAUUCUUUGAUUGCUAUGUAUUCAAAGUUGGGAUUUUUGGUUAGCGCAGAGAAAGUGCUUUAUGGUUUGGGGGGAAGAAAUGUGGUCUCUUGGAGUAGUAUUAUUUCAGGUUAUGUCCUCCAGAGCAUGUUUGUUAAGGCCAUAGAUAUGUUCGCAAUGAUGUUGGAAGAUGGCUUCCUUCCAAAUUUUGUGACUAUGCUGAGUAUCAUUCAGGCUUGUUCUUUGAUGAAUGAGCCUAGGUUUUUCGGUUGUGUUCAUGCUUGGAUUUCAAAAUUGGAGCUUGAAAGCAAUCAGUUUGUGAUGAAUUCUCUUGUGGUGAUGUAUUCUAAGAAUGGGCUACUUGAUGAGGGCAUUAGAAUCUUCCUUGAGCUCUGGUCUGUAAAAGGAAAUGCUUGUCUCGAUCCCGAAGCAAUGGCAGCGAUCAUUCGUGGUAGCAUGCUUUCAGAGUCUUUGCAGUUUGGUAGAACAUUCCAUGGGUUCUUGGUAAAGCAAGGCUUUUUUCCUUGCACCUUCAUCGAGAAUUCGCUGAUAGAUAUGUAUGGAAAGCUCGAACAAGUUGAUUCAGCGAAUCGGAUUUUUAGAAAAAUGACAGAGAGGGAUGUGGUAUCUUGGAACAGCAUGAUUUCAUGCUGCUUGAAGAACAACAAUUAUGUCAAGGCCUUGGAGCUUCUCACAGAAUUACACUGUUCUAAUGUCGAUGACCUUGCUCCGGACACCAUCACGAUGUUGAGUUCGAUACAAGCUUGCGCUGAACUAGCUUCAUUGCAACAUGGAGAAAUACUUCAUGGAUAUGCAAUCAAAUCAGGCUUUGAUUCUGAUGUGUUUGUAUCCAAUUCUCUCAUAGGAAUGUAUGCGACAUCUGGCAGGAUUGAUUUAUCACAGAAAGUGUUCCACAGCAUGAAUUUAAAUGAUCUCAGUACUUGGAAUGCGAUGAUUCUAGCACAUGGUAUUCACGGCGAUGGCAAGGCGGCGCUAAGCACUUUCGACAAACUUAAGAAAUGUUGCUUUCUUAAGCCUAAUGCAAUAACAUUUGUCAAUAUUAUUACAGCUUGCAGUCAUUCAGGAUUAGUGAAGGAAGGCUAUGAAUGCUUCAAGAGCAUGCAAAGGGACUAUGACAUUGAUCCUGAUAUGGAACAUUAUGCAUCAGUGGUGAACCUAUUUGCAAGAUCUGGUAGACUUGAUGAGGCAGAGAGAUUCAUUGGAGAGAUGCCCAUUCAACCAGGUUCGGCGAUUUGGGGUUCGUUGUUGGGUGCUUGUGGGGUUUAUGGAGAUGUUGAAGUUGCAGAGAGGGCAGCAGAAGUUCUAUCUGUGUUGGAGCCUGAUAGGAAUGCUUGGAAGGUGUCAUUAUCAAAUGUUUAUGCAUUGGGUGGGAGAUGGAAAGAUGCUGCAAGGGUCAGAGCAGAGAUGAAGAGGCAUGGGGAGAAGAAGAAGGCUGGGUGGAGUUCUAUUGAAGUUAAUGGUAAGGAGAGUUGCAGGUUCAUGGUGGGAGACACAAAGCACCCCGAAGCUGAUAAAAUCUAUGGUGCUUGGAAUGCACUGAAGGAGCAAAUAAAGGAUGUUGCUGAGCUAGGAAGUUAUGAUGUUGGAGCAUAUUCCGGUUGAUGUGGCCUUGAGUAAUCGACAGGGGUUCUUCCAGAAAUGAUCUCCAACAUAAGAACCCCAAAGCUGUAAACAUCACUUUUCUCAUUAAGCAUUCCAGUACUAGCAUACUCUGGUGCUACAUACCUGCAAGUAAAAGAAAAUAAACUGAACGAUUCUUUUAAUAGAGAGAAAAGAGGGAUUAGGGUUAUGGGAGUUGGACCAACCCAAAUGUACCCAUGACACGCGUUGUCACAUAACUCAUCUCUGAGCACAAGAGCUUGGCCAGCCCAAAGUCAGAGACUUUAGAGUUCCACUGCCGGUCAAGCAAUAUAUUACUAGAUUUCACAUCUCGGUGAACAACUUUCGGUUCCAGUCCCUCAUGAAGGUAAGCCAAACUGUCAACAAAUUCAGCAGUUAGUUCCUUUCGGAUAUUUAGAAUUUUGUUUAUAUCUACGAUCCUCUUUGAACAUAUUUUAUUGUUAUAUGCAUGUUUUAUAAGAACAA